AUGCCUGUCUCCAUCCCCAAAGCCGAGCGUCUCACCGACCUCUUCAGCCUCAAGGGCAAGGUCGUCGUCGUCACCGGCGCGUCCGGCCCCCGUGGCAUGGGCAUCGAGGCCGCCCGCGGCUGCGCCGAGAUGGGCGCCGACCUGGCCAUCACCUACUCCUCCCGCAAGGAGGGCGCCGAGAAGAACGUCGAGGAGCUGACCCGCGACUACGGCGUCAAGGUCAAGGCCUACAAGCUCAACGUCACCAGCUACCCCGCCGUCGAGGAGUUUGUGAACGACGUCCUCAAGGACUUUGGCAAGAUUGAUGCCUUUAUCGCCAAUGCCGGCGCCACCGCCGACGCCGGCGUCAUCGACGGCUCCGCCGAGGCCUGGGACAAGGUCAUCCAGAUCGACCUCAACGGUACCGCCUACUGCGCCAAGGCCGUCGGCGCGCACUUCAGGAAGCAGGGCUCCGGCUCCUUCGUCAUCACCGCCUCCAUGUCCGGCCACAUUGCCAACUACCCCCAGGAGCAGACCUCGUACAACGUCGCAAAGGCCGGCUGCAUCCACAUGGCCCGCUCCCUCGCCAACGAGUGGCGCGACUUUGCCCGCGUCAACUCCAUCUCGCCCGGCUACAUCGACACCGGCCUGUCCGACUUUGUCGACCAGAAGACCCAGGAGCUCUGGAAGAGCAUGAUCCCCCUCGGCCGCAACGGUGAUGCGAAGGAGCUCAAGGGCGCGUACGUCUACCUCGUCUCCGACGCUUCCACCUACACCACCGGUGCCGAUAUCGUCAUUGACGGUGGCUACACCUGCCGAUAG